AUGGGAUCAAAAUCCUCACCGUCCGAUACAAUUAAUCUCAAACUAAUUCUUGUUAGUGGUAAAACAGCUGAAUUUCAAUUUCGACCAACAACAACAGCAUCUGAUGUAGCUAAACAUGUUUUUGAAAAUUGGCCUGAUGAUUGGGGAAAUGAACAACGAGUUGAUCGUUAUGAAGUAUUAAGAUUAAUUUAUCAAGGAAGAUUUUUACAUGGAAAUGUCACAUUAGGAGCUUUACGUCUUCAACAAGGCAAAACAACUGUGAUGCAUCUUGUUCCACGUGAAAAUUUACCUGAUUCAACUGAUGGUGAUCAAAAACGAAAACAUAAACAUGACAAUAAUCAAGAUCGAACAGCUGAUCAUAUACAAAAUGCUAUACCAUCUCAUCGAUCAGACACUGCUAGUCCGAAUUCAACAACAACUGGGUGCUGUGAAGGAUGUAUUAUACUAUAA